ACAGGAUCCUUUCCAAUGAACUGGCAACCGAGCCUAACUGGGCGGACGUCCGCGCGAAACCCCCAAGAAAUCGCUGAUCAUUUUGAGUCAACUGGAAAGGUACGAUUGACCAUAUAACCCUGUCAACCUUUCGACCCUGCCCAGAAGUGGUAGAGAAAUGUAAAGUGACUUCAUGUUCAUACCACAUGCAGGCAGAGAGCUUCCACGAUGCUCUGGCCCCUGCCUGCCUGGCUGCACUGGUAUCGAAAGCCUUCAUAUCGAGACCCUGUGACCUUCUCCAAGUCCGUCAGUGCUGAUAUCGAGAAUGGCCUCGGGUCAAGACCUGGAUCCAUCAGCUCUCAGUCAGAUGCCGCCAUCCCAUCCGACUUGACCCUGGACUGUGUCCUUGCCAACAAAACAUGCAGUCCUCUGUCCCUGUACGAUUUCUACAUGUACCUCAAGCACAUAGAGAUGUCGCCAGAGAACUUGGAGUUCUAUAUCUGGUUCAAGGACUACGAAGCUCGCUAUAAUGAGGACUCGCACCCCAACUCGCCAAGUCAAGUGACGCCGUUGCUCGUUACGCCCGGGGCCGAAAAGUCUGGCCCAUACUCCUACUCGGGGGUUGCACUUGAGGAAGUGGACCAAGGCGGCCAGGAUCCUGAUUUUCAGCAGUACAUCGAGACCCUGGUGACUUCCCAGGAAGCCAAACGAUGCAAAGCAUUCUGGCCACGACACAACUCCGACAGGACUCUGACAAGAAUGUACUCCAACCGCGCAGAGCUCCAGAACAUCGUCGCACUGUUUCUCACGUCACAAUCAGCCAGAGAGCUGAACAUUCCACCUAGCAUGCGCACCCAAGCUCUGGCCGGCCUUGCGACUUCCGAUUCACCAGCCUCCCUGGCACCCGUUGCCGACCACGUCUACUAUCUCCUCCGCAACUGUUCGCACCGCAACUUCAUCCGCUUGGGCGUCAAGAAUGGCACGUUCGAGACACUGUGCAUGGUAACCAUAGUCGGCAUCCUGUUCACUACGCUUGGCCUCUUGACCAUGCUUCUCAUCGCAUUUGCCUCGCCUUCGAUCCAUCACUCCUCCAGAUGGAGGGCCCUUGCUUCCGCCCCUUUCUGGAUCAUUGGCUUUUCGUUCCUGUUGGCCGGCUGGAGAGGUUCCUGCUUCCUGCUUCUGCUCUUCUCUCGUCGGCAGGAGUUGCCGUGGGAGCGGCUGUCAGACAGCGGCAGUAUCAAAACGGCUGGCAGCGCUCGCUGGAGCUUGGUCAAGUUCGCCAAAAAGAUGAUGAUUUUCGAACGGAAGAUCAAAGUGAAAGACUAUGGACUCCGUCAAUUGCAACGGAAGAUCGUCAUCCAGAGUGUUGCUGGUUCUCUCAUUGCAACCGCAGUGCUGGAGGUUGUGUUUCUUGUCUUACCCAUCUGGAGAUGACGGCAGCUCUUCUUGGCGCUGUAGAAUUAUACUGUUAAUAGGACUCCCCUAUUGUCAUUGGCGUUCAUCCAUGUCUCAGAGGCAGUUGUGACACCUAGCGAGUAAAUGGGACAAAGUGGGUUGAAGGACUCGCAAGAAGCACCAAUGUAGAACAUGAAUAUAAUAGCCCCUUUUUGCAGACAGAGCAUCGCAGUACAAUCAAUGGAUACGUAUUUCGAG